AUGUUCUCCGAAUCCAAGCUCACCGGUGCUGGCUACAUCACCUUGAACAUCAUCCGAGCCCUGAACAUCAUAUCUCUCCUUCUGGUUGUCGUCGCAAGCUGGAUCAUGCUUGUUAUGACUGUCAAGACCUCAAGCUUCUUCUUCUUCGAUGGUGUCUCCCAUUUCAUCACGAGUAGCAUCGGUCUCUUCCUCGUCGUCUCCGAGGUCACACUCUUCCGCUCCUACUUUUCUCGUCACUGGCCUAUGCUUAGCCCUGAAUCCGGGUUUGUCUUCCUCGGACUCUCCAUGAUCGUCCUUGGUUUCAAUAUCCUGGGUAACCUCAAUAAACCUGCUACCAGCGUGGAGAACUUGGGGCUACCAAUGUGGAGGAUCGUCAUUUCAUCUGGCAUUCUCACAGCUAUCAUGGGGUUCUUCAAUAUCAUUGCUACCUAUGUCUUCUGUGACUCCAAGCUCGGCAUCACCGGCCGUCAAGUCCGUAGCCACGGCGCUGCCAUCCCCAAGGACCCAAUCACCAAGACCUUCAGUCUCUCUAGCGGCUCCUCCCGUCGCUCAGUCUCUGAAACUCUCCCAAGCUACAAUGCUCCUGCUCCUGCCGAGCGUCAAAAGUCUCGCUUUUCAUUCAGACUGCCAAUUCGCAGCUCUAAGGUCCCCAUCUCGAAACCCAUCAUGCAAGACCCCGAGCAGUUCGCCAAGUGGGAUGAGUCGAGAAGCUCGCCUGUUGCGCCAGGUCUCGCUGUUCAACGUCCACCAACUGCGCUUCACCCAUACCACCAAGGCGUUCCGAACCCACCACCUCCAGCUUCGUCCAGAUACAGUGUUAUUAGCAACAUGACAAGAUUCUAG